AUGGCAUCCCAAAUAUCCACGCAAACGGAGCCUUUCCCCAGAAUAUCCUGCGACGACCACACAUUCUCCACAUUCGACUCCGACGCGACGAUCUAUCAUGUAAUGAGUAGCAAUGGCGAUGAAGAGCCGUUAUACACCGAAAUCAACAUCCCACUUCCACGCCUCCCAUCACCGCCACAAACACCAACAAAUCCCCCCCAGGGGUUUCAGCUAUCACCACCAAGCUCAUCCCUCUCCCCACCCCCCUCACACAGCCGAAGUCGCUCCCGCAGCUUAUCAGCCUUCUCCCUCUCUCCCUUCCGCUCGCGCUCUUCCUCCACAUCCACCACCGCAACCACGACGCCGGAACGACUCGUCAAGCCCUCGAUCCUCAGAAGCCGGGAAGUUGCUGCGGCGAUGGAUUUGGAGCAGAAGGGACGGAGGGGGAGGAGUAGCACGAUUGAUGCGCUGGCGGUUGUGCCGGCGGUGUUGGUGCUGAGUGCGGAGUUGUUUACGCCGGGUGGGGAGAAGAGUUGUGGGAGGAGGGGGGGAAGGGGGAGGAAGGGAGAGGGGUUGGUUGGGGGGAUGAGAUGA